GUUUUUGCUUAGAUCUUGUCGUGUACUGUUGAAUUUUCGCUUUCUAUAGUUCCGAUUUAGUAGUGAGUUUUAGUGUUCUUUUAUGAGAUUUUGCUCUGUUUCAGCUUCGGUUUCUGGUUUGUUUGUUUGGCUUGGAUUCGCUGAUGUAGCUCUCACUUUAGCAUUCUCUGUAUUGUCUAAUUUUCUGGUUUGAUGUUCAAAUUUAGUUUAUUGGUAGUUUAAAGUAUUUUUUUUGGCUGUAAUUAUGGUUAAUUAUGAGCAGAUCAGAUUUUCUUUUUUGAAGCGAUAUUCAGGAGCAAAUACAGAGUAAAUGUACUAAGGAUUCUUCUGCAGAUCUUGUUUAGUCGCUCAAGGUAUUUGGAUAAUUGCAGAAUCUGAUGCGCAAUUCCCAAGAGGAGAAAGUCACGUCAUGACAGGUAGGUGCAAAUACGUGCAUCUAGCUCUGGCAAACGACUAAAGAGCUUCUGUAAGGUUACUGGCUUUUACUUUUCUUCCUCAUUAGAUUUUAGAACUUCUAUAUUUGGUUGUAGUUAGAAAGGUGAAACUACUCAAGUAUGAAAGAGAUUGACAGGAGGAAACCCAAUAAUAAACAAUCAAAGCCAUCUGGAAGAACAGAAAGGACAGACCGUAAACAGCAUCAAGAGAAUGGCAGGAAAAAAUUGUAUGCAAAAGAAACUGAAUCUAAAGCUUUGAUUGCUAGAGGAGACUCUGUUGAUUUAGUAAGUGAUUCAAACGGAGGCACAGACCCCUCUGAAGUUUAUGAAAAUGCGGUUAUACAUUAUGUGGAUGAUGUCAACAGGUUUGAGGAGGUGUCUAAAGAUUUCAAAUCUAGUGCAGUGAUUGGAAAAAUGGAUGAGGAUGAAAAUUUGGAUGAUCAUUCUAGUGAUUUUGAGAAACAACCUAAGCAGGGGAAGGAAGAGGAAUCAGAUUCUGAGACGACAAAAGAUUCAGUGUCUUCUCAGGAGGAUUCAUUGAUAGUUGACGAUGAGAAAGUGGAAAAGGCAUUUAGAGUUCCUGAGAGUUUUGUCAAUAAAAGUUUGUCUGAAAGCAGUUCUGUAGGAUCAAGAGUGAGAUCUGAUCGAGAUACAUAUAAAUCAAAAGCCAAGGCAUGGCAUAAUACUUUGAAGAAAUCCACAAAAUCCAAUGGAGGUGCUUCUAAAGUUACUGCCAAAAAUUCUUCUGAUAAAAAUUCAAAUAAAAUCAGAGCCCCUCCUAAACCUUCAUCAGAAUCUUCUGAAGGAGUUGAUGAUAGACCUGGUGAAGAGACCAAAGAAACUGAUGUUUUAGAUGAGACCUCAAAUGGUGCUCAAAGUAUUGGAAGUGACAAUGAAACUGUUGAUACUGAAGAAAAUGGGGAACAUGUAGAUGAGGCAACUUUAAAUCAAAAGCUUGAAGCGAUGGAAAUGAGAAUUGAGAAACUGGAAGAGGAGCUGAGAGAUGUUGCUGCUCUUGAAAUUUCACUUUAUUCUGUCGUACCAGAGCAUGGCAGCUCAGCACAUAAGGUGCACACACCUGCUAGACGCCUUUCUAGACUCUACAUUCAUGCUUGCAAGCAUUGGACACAAAACAAGCGAGCUACAAUUGCUAAAAAUACUGUGUCUGGGCUUGUUUUGGUUGCCAAGUCUUGUGGUAAUGAUGUGUCAAGGUUAAGCUUUUGGUUGUCAAACACCGUUGUGCUGAGGGAGAUCGUUUCUCAGGCAUUUGGCAUUUCACAUCACUCAGUCCCAGUUACAAGGUUAGCUGAGUCAAAUGGGGCUAGCAAAAAAAAUGAAGUGAAGUCUAUGUCUCUGAAAUGGAAGAGGGCUUACUGUAGUAAACAAGUAAAUGGUCAACUGCAGUUAGAUGAAGACUGGCAAGAGACGGGAACUUUCAUGACUGCAUUAGGAAAAGUUGAAUCUUGGAUAUUUUCUCGGAUAGUCGAGUCAGUUUGGUGGCAGGUUUUGACUCCAUAUAUGCAAUCUCCAUCUUUGACAACCAAUAAAAAUACUGGAAAGUUGUUGGGACCAGCCUUGGGUGACCAGCAGCAGGGUAGCUUUUCUAUCAACCUGUGGAGAAAUGCUUUUCAAGAAGCUCAUCAGCGACUUUGUCCUGUUAGAGCGGGAGGGCAUGCAUGUGGUUGCUUACCUGUUUUGGCAAGAAUUGUUAUGGAACAAUGUGUUGCAAGACUAGAUGUUGCAAUGUUCAAUGCUAUUCUGCGAGAGUCAGCCCUUGACAUCCCAACUGAUCCCGUGUCUGAUCCUAUAGUAGAUUCCAAGGUUCUGCCUAUUCCAGCUGGCGAUUUGAGCUUUGGAUCGGGUGCGCAGCUCAAAAAUUCUGUUGGCAAUUGGUCUAGAUGGCUUACUGAUGUGUUCGGCAUGGACAGUGAUGGUUCUCUGAAAGAUCAACAUAGCAGUGAGGAUGAUGAUUGGCAUGAGGGAGUUAGUGAGCCUAAAUCCUUUGUACUUCUUAAUGAUCUUAGUGAUCUUUUAAUGCUUCCUAAAGACAUGCUAAUAGAUCGAUCUAUCAGACAGGAGGUUUGCCCAUCAAUUGGCCUUGCAUUGAUAAAACGGGUUCUUUGCAACUUCACUCCGGAUGAGUUCUGUCCAGAUCCUGUCCCAGGAGCUGUAUUGGAGGCCCUGAAUGCCGAGAGCAUUGUUGAGAGAAGAUUAUCGGGGGAUUCAGCUAGAAGCUUCCCUUAUUCAGCUGCCCCAGUUGUGUACACCCCACCUUCAUUAUCUGAUGUGGCAGAAAAAGUAGCAGAGGCGGGGAAAGCUCCAUUGUUAAGGAAUGUGUCUGUGAUACAAAAGAAAGGAUAUACCAGUGACGAGGAAUUGGAAGAAUUGGAUUCUCCUCUUUCCUUGAUCCUUGAAAAAUUGCCCUUGUCACCAACUAUCACACCCAGUGGAAAUGGUAAUGGAAAUCACAUUGACAAUGCUGGCUAUAGGGGCUCAAAUGCAAGGUACGAGCUCCUUCGUGAGGUUUGGUCAUCUUCAUGAAAGUUAAAAGUGAGUUCCGUGUGUAUAUCUGUGUUUUUUUUUUUUUUUUUUCCUUUGGUUGAGAAGUUAGUAUGAAGAGAACAACAACAAACUGUAAUAUACAAGAUACAAAAUGUCCAGAUGUUUAAAAUUUUUAAGGAAA